UUGAUAUCGUGACUUCAUGACUCUCACGCCCUGAAAAAGCAAGCAGGUGAGAAGUUAAACAGGACAGAGGGCCACGUCGUCUGUUACUUUGUAACGCUAAGAAUCAUCCCAAUCAAAAAUGUCAGACUUGUGGGAUGACUUGGAGAAUUUUGCUCGUGCCCCCUCUUCUUUUACAGCAGCGCCAGGGGAGAGAGGUACCAUUAAAGCCAAAGCUAACUUCAACGUCAGUGAAGAUGUUGCAGCUCUCCGAAAAGCAAUUGAAGGCAUAGGUACAACCGAGAAGACACUGAUAGACAUACUGACUCACAGGAGCAGCAGUCAGAAACAGGCUAUUUCAAAGGCAUAUGAAGAAACCACAAAGAAGAUUCUUGUUAAUGACCUAAAAGGCGACACCGAGGGCAGCUUAGAGGACCUGCUUGUUGCUCUCGCAAUACCGCCUGCAGUUAAUGAUGCUAAAUGGCUAAAUAAAGCAAUCAAAGGGGCAGGAACGGACACCGACAUCCUGAUAGAAAUACUUGCCUCGCGGACAAAUAAACAGAUCAAGGAGCUGUCUGCCGCAUAUGCUGAGGAAACAAAGAAAACGCUGAUGCAGAAGCUAAAGACAGAAGUUUCUGGGGAUUUUGGCAAAGCCGUGCUUCUGCUUGCUGAGGGUGCAAGGGAUGAAAGCACCAAUGUGAAUGCAGACAAGGCUAGAGAGGAUGCAAAGGCCCUCUAUCAUGCAGGAGAAAAGAAACUGGGAACUGAUGAGUCCAAGUUCAUUGAGAUCCUCUGUAAAAGGAGCAUCCCUCACCUGAGACAAACAAUAUUGGAAUAUAAAAACAUCAGUGGCAAGACUUUGCAGAAGAGCAUUGAGAAGGAAAUAUCUGGAGAUCUGGAGGAACUGCUGGUUGCCAUUGUAAAGUGUGUGAUGAGUACUCCUGCAUACUUUGCUGAAAAACUCUACAAAAGCAUGAAGGGAGCUGGUACAGAUGAAACCACUCUGACCAGAGUAAUGGUCAGCCGUGGAGAGGUUGACAUGCUGGACAUCAGAGCUGAAUUCAAGAAGCUCUAUCAGCAUUCACUCUACAAGGAAAUAAGUUCAGAUGUAUCUGGCAGCUACAGUGACUGCUUGAAGAUGAUCUGUGGAGGAGAAGACUAGCCUGAUAACAAAAGAACCUCCUUGGGAUAUUUUAUAAAAUGGUUUCAUUAAUAGCAUUUUUUCCAGCUGUCUUAGGAAAUAUAUCACUUAUAUUUACAUUUUACUGCAGAUAAAGGUAUAGAGUGAGAUUUAUACUGAUUUAUGAUAUUUAAAACAUACUUUUUGUUUUUGUGUAAACUAAAACUGUUAAGACUUUUUGGUAGUGAAUGGUGCCUCGCAGAAGCAGACAUGACUUGAAAACAUGAAACAUUAAAAUUGUGCUAAUGAAUCAUGCAUGUUAAAAUUAGAAACUAAAAUAUGCAUAUUUUAUGGAAUUCCAUCUUUUGGUUCUACAUAAAGUAUUCAUUGUUUGUGUUUUUGUCCUUCAUACAUUAUGUGCAUCAGCAAAGUGUUUUAAUCAAUACAAAUUUGUUGGCAAUCUGGUGACUCCAUUGAAAUGCCAAAGGAUCUGUUAAUUAACACCAAUCAACAAACUUUUUUUUAAAAGGGUUCUCAGCUUUUUUUUUCAUUAGGCUACUAAGUCUUGAACUGUUUUUGCAAAAAGUUUUAAAAGUUUUUAAAAUGCCAGGUGCUAUCAUUUACGAUAUAAUAAUCAACAGAAUGUUUGUAUUUGUACCUUUUAACAAAGAAAUAAAUUAAUAAACAUAUUCCACAAUGUUCUCAUA